AAAAAAAAAAAAAAAAAGUGUAACUACAACAUUUUUUAUAAUUGCAAAUAAAUGUGAAAUUAAUAAAACUAAUCUUUGUCCUGUAGUGGGUAUCAGCAAUGAAGUGAUAGUCUCUUCAAAAACUAUCACUGUUCCUGAGUGGAAGAAGAAAGACAAAUUCUUUAACUACUUCUCUUCAGCUUGAUGAAUUUGUGAUCUACUUAAAUGGUUAAAGUGAGGAAAAAGAGAAGAUACAAAGUGCUUUAGGUUAAGGUGCAAAUUAUGCACAAUUAACAAUGCUGUAAAUGAAUUACAAGGAAAAGGUUACUCCACAGAAAGAAUUGUGCUGCAUGGUCUGUUUUGUGCUAUGUUCUGUUCUCAUUACUUCAAAAGAGCAAAUGAUAAAGAAGAAGGGGUUUCACUCCAAAUCCUUUUUGAUGGAGCGUCCAGGUUUUGUGUCUCCAGAUAAAGACUAAUCCUUACAGUGCCAUGUUUGGGAAACACAUGUCCUGAAAGCCGAAUGAACCGAAUGAAGAGGAUCUGCCCCAGCCAGUUCUCAGUCUCUACUGUCCGCAGCAAACAGGUCAGGAAAAAGUUUGUCCAAAUUCCUAGUGUUGCUGAUCAUUGAGAAGAAGCAGAUGGUACUAAAUCAAGAAAAAUAAUUUCUGGUUCUUGCAGCAGUACAGAGGACUUUGCCAUUACUGGGUUUUUUCCUCAAUUUUCUUACUUUGUUUUUACUUCUAAGUUUACAGGUGAAAAAGUGGUAAAAACUGAUGAAAGCUUUCACAAAAAAAUCCUGGAUUUAAAAUGUUUUUCAACUUAUCAGUCUUGAAUACCAUUUCCAAUCUUGAAUACUGUUCCUGAAUGUUCUUUCUCUCCUCUUUUCUUUACAGGCCAUUCUGUAGAUUUUGUCAUUGCAGUGCUCUGAAUUCUGAAGAUUAUAGCUAAAUCGUAGAAUUACAGCAGACUAAGAAAUAAGAAAUACCUUACUAUGUUAUUAAAAAGAGUAAUCAAAAUUAUUAGGUUUUUCUGUUAAAAGAAUGAAAGUGAAUCCAUAGGUUUUAGCAUUAACAGUGGAGGUCACAACCUCAAAGAUUACAUAUUUAGGGAAUAUUUAAAAGACCAUUUUUCACCAAUAAAAUCUUUUUAGAUUCUUUUUUUCCACCAGGUCCUGUUAAUAGAGUUUUGAUUUAAAAUGUAAGUACCAUCUAAAUAAGUUUCUGCUCUGUAAUUCUGAUUCUGAAGUGGGUGGCAGUUAGAGACAUAGUAACAAUUUUAUAUCCAUGUCCUGUGAUUCUUUCUCAGAAGCAAAUGACAUCCUGUAGGAUUAUUUGCAGCUGGUCAGUAUUUUUCUGCCAUAGUCUGCAUAGAGCAUGGAGAACUACUGUUCAUUCUGACAAAGUAUCUGGUAUCUGUUCUGGGGGGAAUAUCUGCAUCCAGAUUUUUAAUGCUGUCAGAUAUCACUGAAAAAAUUUAAGUUAUGCAAGUUCUAGGUAUUUGAGUUCAUUCACCUGAUAGAUUAAAUAUUACUGUAAAAGUUCCUGCUAAGGAAUAAGGAAAUAAUUCCACUGUUAAAUAUGUUAUUUUUUCUUGGGGAUUAAAAUACGACCAAAACUGAGAUCCAUGCAUUAGAGAUGUAAAGAUAAGUGGUUACAGUUGAAGACAUGGGAUGAGGUAAAUGAAUAGAAAAUGAACUUAAAAACCCAGGACAAAGGGCAAGACUUUGCAGCUUUGCUCAGGCUACAGAAAUUCCACAUGGAAAAGAAUUGAAUCAAGAGUUUACCUAUAAUUUUGUUCCUAGGUUGUGAAUGGAUUAAUCCUUUGUAAGAACAGAAAAGAAAAUUAACCUGUAUUUCAACAGUCACUCACCUAACCUUGUAUUGAGUUUAGUAACCUGUGUUUAGUGGUUGAAGAAGGAAAAUCGAUAGGUGAUAGGCCUCCAGGACUCCACUGGCUCCUGCUCUGACUGCGGGCUCUUCCUGACACGAACCAGGAUUCAUAGCAACAAUUCUGCAACUUUCCUUAUAUAGUCUACAGCAUCUACGUACAUCAUCUUCUGCCAUGAAGUCGUUGUUUAAAUUACAGACCCUAAAAUCCUUGUGGACUCUGAAGCCUCCUAAUAGGAUUUUCCGUGGACACCCCAGGCUCUUUGCCUCUGAUGUGUAUUCACAGUACGAGUCAGUCAGACGCGGCGAACAGCAAAUACCAAAGUACUUCAACUUUGCAAGUGAUGUACUGGACAAAUGGUCUGAGCUUGAAAAGGCUGGAAAGAGACCAUCAAACCCUGCCUUUUGGUGGGUAAGUGGAAAAGGAGAAGAAGUGAAGUGGAGCUUUGAGGAGCUGGGGUUCCUGUCUCGGAAAGUGGCCAAUGUGCUGACUAAAGUAUGUGGACUGCAGAAAGGGGACAGAAUUGUUGUGAUUCUGCCACGAAUCCCAGAAUGGUGGCUGGUGAACGUGGCUUGCAUGCGAGCAGGAAUUGUCUUAAUUCCAGGAAUAUCCCAAUUAUCAGCCAAAGACAUAUUAUAUCGACUCCAGGCAUCAAAGGCCACAGGCAUCGUUACCGAUGACACACUGGCUCCUACUGUGGACUCAGUGGCAUCUGAGUGUCAGUUUCUGAAAACCAAGCUAAUCGUGUCCAAAGGCAGUAGGGAGGGAUGGCUGAACUUCACUGACCUGUACAAAAACCAAUCUGAUGACCAUUCCUGCGUCAAAACAAGGAUUCAAGACUCAAUGAGUAUCUUCUUUACCAGUGGAACCACAGGUUCUCCAAAGAUGACUGAACAUUCCCAGGGUAGUCUUGGUUUCAGACCCCUUUUAAGUGAAAGGUACUGGUUGGAUUUGACUCCCUCAGACGUGAUAUGGAGCACAGCUGACACCGGAUGGAUACUGGCUUCACUGGCAUCUGUUUUUGAUCCCUGGGUUUUUGGAUCAUGCAUCUUUAUCCAUAAGCUACCACAGAUUGAAUCAGCAGCCAUCCUAGAUACUCUCUGCAGAUUCCCUAUUGACGCGCUGGUUGGUGCUCCAACAUUGUUCCGCAUGCUGGUACAAAAUGAUCUCUCCAAGUACAAAUUCAUGAACCUGAGGCACUGCAUGAGUGGAGGGGAGCCACUCAACCCAGAAGUCAUGGAGCAGUGGAAAAGCAAGACUGGACUGGACAUCCAUGAAGUAUACGGCCAGACUGAAACGGGAAUAAUCUGUUCUGUUUUUAAAGGAAUGAAGAUUAAACCUGGAUCAAUGGGGAAAGCAGCUCCCCUUUUUGAUGUUCAGAUCGUGGACAAAAAUGCUAAUGUUCUGCCUCCAGGACAACAGGGGGAAAUUGCUGUCAGAAGCAAACCUAUAAGACCACUUGGUUUAUUCUCUGAAUAUGUAGAUAAUCCUAAAAAAACAGCAGAAAGUGAACGUGGGGAUUUUUAUGUCACUGGAGACAGAGGGACUAUGGAUGAAGAUGGAUAUUUUCGGUUUAUUGGAAGAGACGAUGACAUCAUCAUUUCUUCAGGAUACCGCAUUGGGCCAUUUGAAGUAGAGAGUGCCCUGAUAGAGCACCCAGCAGUAGCAGAAACAGCUGUUGUCAGCAGCCCAGAUCCCCUCAGAGGAGAGGUUGUGAAAGCAUUUGUGGUCCUGUCCCCUACCUUUUCAUCCACUGACUUGAAGAGCUUAACCUGUGACUUGCAGGAACAUGUCAAGAAAACUACUGCUCCAUAUAAAUACCCUAGAAAGGUGGAAUUUGUCCAAGAGCUGCCAAAGACAGUCACUGGGAAGAUCAAGAGGAACGAAUUAAGAAACAAAGAGUGGGGACGGAUGUAGCUUUACUUGAAAUUUAACAGAGCUUCUUUCAUUCCAUUAAUGCUAUAUAAAUCUCUUUGAUAUAACUGCCUUCCUUCUAAUCUAUUUUUGUUAAAUGCCUGAGCAUCAAAAACUGUAGAGAACAGCAAGAGGUGAUGUUUGCACCAGCUUGCCAAGCUUCUAAUGUUGCUGAAGCACUGUUGGGAAAGGGAACAAACUGUACAACUCCACUGUAGUUCUCAAUGUCCACGAGCCCACCAGAAUUUGGCUGGUAACCCAUCUCUUUUAGAUAGUGUCCAACAUCAGUGAAGAGAUAUUGUUGGUAUCGGUUGUCUAGCUCCAAGCUGCAGAAAAGGCAGGCAUGGAUUUGAGUGGUUCAAGUGCCCUCUUCUUAAAUACAGCAUGUUUAAACUAAAGCAGCCCACCUGGCAUUUACUGAAGAUGGAAAGACGCCUCUUUAUUGAUCCCACCAUAUGACCUUCAUAAGCCUUUCUUGUUUAAUACAUGCAUUGAUGACAAGCAGCACCAGCUUCUUUCAUGCUUUUUCCUCUAAUACCCUCUCAUACAGUAGUUUCAUUGCUUGCCCUCUGUUCUGAUCUUUGCACGCAAUAGACAAAACUCCUCUACCACUUCUGGUGGUCUUUAAAAUGAAGUUUGCUGCUGGGCAGGUGACCCAAUUUGUAGAACAGACCAUGGUUCUUUGCCGCAGUAUGUGCUUGCUACAGAACCAGUCUAUUUCUGCAGCCGUUUGCAGGUGAAUCCAGUGAAAAAACUCCCUUGAUCUUGUUUGGAUGAUCACGUCUCUGUUUAACAUUUAGCUCUUAGCUUUAUGGAGAAGCAUGUACUGUAGUGUACACACCCUUACUUCUUACAGUUGCACAUGCAAUAGUGGGCAAAACUUACUUUAAGGUUAUAUUAGUUCUUAGCUGUUUGUCCUCAGGGUUUUUUUUAAAUUUUCUGUACUCAAAGAAGAUUUCAUUUUCUGGCAUGAAUUUUCAUUAAUUGACAAAAGCAUUCCCAGCCUUCGAGUCCUCUUCUGUUCAUUAAAUAAGAAGAAAUUGCUGGAGAACAAUAGCAUCUUUAGGCAGGAAAGAAGGUCUUUUAUGGCUGUGUCUCACUGCCUGGAGUUCUGUGUCUACUGUAAAGUACUGUGCAGCUGUAAAGUAAGAUUUGGGGAAUUCCAAUUUUGAGAAAGUGAAAUAUUUUCUUUCUUGAGAGUAAACACUUUGUUUAUGUCAGUGAAACAAUUUCUGUUCUAGCAACUGCUGAAAUGAAAGCAAUU